AUGUCUGAUAUUAAAAGUCCUGGUUUAAGAGAAAGCGAUUCUUCAAACCGUUCUCAAGACAUGAAAAUCGUCGCUAAAUCUGAGGAUCUUCCUCAAUCAACAAAUCUAUUAUCUCUUCACAACAUUUGUAAUAUCAUGCAUUCGCAAUCAUCACCUUCUUUAUCACCUCAAUGGUUCGAUCCUUCUCCUAUUCAACCUUCUUCUCCAAGCGAAAACUUAAAAGAUCAUAGAGAUCCUCUUGAUGACGCUCCUAAAUUUAACGAACCUUCCACUACUGAAAUGAUCAAUUCUACUGAUUAUAUGGAUCCUAAAUCUCAUCAAGAUAUCGUUCGUGACAAUGAUCAUCAUCAAGAUAUUAUUCGUAGUAAUGAAGGUCGCAUAAUUGGUAUCCAUGAUCUUGCUGACCUUGCAAUUAACCUUAAUCCAAGAUCAAUUGAGAAUGAUACCCAAUCUGAUAUAGGUUCUAGAUAUCCGACUACUUCUUAUGUCUCAACAAAAUCUGUUUAUAAUCCUUUAAUUAAUUCUCAAGGUCAACCCGGUGGUGAACGUCAAAAAGUUGAAAUCGAAACCGCUCAAUGUACAAAUCCAAUGUGUGCUCAAUGUCAUCAUUCAAAUUAUUCUAGUGCUCAUCAAUAUCCAUUUCCAAUGCAAUAUUAUAUGGCAUUGGCAAAUGGUAAUAUUUAUCAACAACCCCCUUUUAUUCCUCCAACUGUGGUCUAUACUCCUUCGCAUACUAUUCAAUCUUCCCAAAUUUCUGCAAAGUGUGAACAACAAAUUUCUUCAGGAAAUAAUGUUUACAAUGUUAAUAUUGAUAAGAAGGAUGAAUGUAAAGAAUGUACCAAUUCCGUUCAACCUUCUCAACCUAAAAGAAGACGACGCAGAAAAACAAAAGCUACUAUCGGUUCUCCCCUUCUUUCUGGUGUCGGUUUAUCUAAUCAAAAUUCUGAACAUAAAAGUAAAAAUGGUGAAAUUUACCGUUGUUCAAAUUGUGGUGCCAGAGAAACUCCUGCAUGGAGAAGAGACCUUCGUGGUGAAGCUUUGCUUUGCAACGCUUGUGGAUUAUAG